AAAGCAAAUUAUAUAUGGUCAAUUUGUCAAUAUUCUGACCAAACAAAAGUUAGAAGAUCAUCAGUUGGACGUUACGUACGUGUACACCAUGGUGAAGCUAACAAUAGUUGGAAGGAUAAGUGAUGGAUUGCCCAUCUCACAGCAAGGACCCGAUCACAUUAAUCAAGUAGUCGAUGAUGACAUCAUCACAAAUUUCAGGAAACAUGCAGAGUUGUUGCUCCAUGAAAUCUCCAUUGCGGCCUUGCCACCUUCAUCUGCCACCAUUUUCAUUCAUCCCCAUUGCUUCUACUACAUGGUGAGGAAUGGUAUAUGUUUCAUUACAUUAUGUGAAGAAUCAUAUCCAAGAAAGCUUGCAUUCCACUACCUCCAAGAUUUGCAAAAGGAAUUUGGUGACAAGAUUCAUGAUCAUCAUCCGGAACUUGUAAACCAAAUAACUAAACCCUACAGCUUUGUCAAAUUUGAUAACAUUAUUCGCAAUGUCAGAAGACAAUAUGUCGAUACAAGGACUCAGGCGAAUUUGUCGAAGCUGCUAAGUUGUAACCACACACAAGAGUUCGAAGAUGUUCAUACUGAACAAAUGUCGUUGGUUAUUGAAAGGAGGAGAAGAUCAGAUAUCAUGAUGAGAAUGAUGACAGCCCAUAAAAGUACUUCUCCGGUGUGGGGAUCCAAGACUCUAGAGGUUAUUGCUGUGAAAUGGACACCAAUCACAAUCAUCUUCGUGGUUGUGUUCGUUCUUUUGUGGAGCAUCUUAUUAAGAGCAAGAGAUCGAAUGUACUAAUCUAGCUAGCUUCAUCAUCUCAAGAAAAGAGAAAGAUUAUUAACUGAAAGCUAUAGCUUAAUUAAUUGGCAAACCAUAUAUAUAUGAUCAGAAAAUGUAAUUAAUUAAUUAACUUCUAUGUAUAUAUGAACAUACACAACAACGUAACAUACUCUAUUAAUUUUUGAUGUAACAGUAGUGAUG